GCCCACGCGGACGUCGAAAUUUACAACCUGAAGCAAAAGUCUAAUUGCCUGAGGUAUCAACCUCCGUCGCCUGUCCAACCAGCGCCAAUAUUGACAUUGAUACAGUAUCAACAGAUAGGGGUGUAAGAGAAGGUGCGCCGCCAACCGCGGAGGGCAAGGUCAAUAUCCAGAUUCGAUUAUACACUGGCCUAUUAAAGUCAGGCCAUCCAUCGGCUGUUGAAACCUUGUAUUCUCACACAAGAGUAUCUCAAGAGUUUCGACAUAUAAGCCAUCGGCAUCUCACCACUCACAGCGGCGUCUUUGACGGCUGACUUACAAGGAAGACGCCGAUAUAGUCGUCUGUCUGACCGUGUUCAAGUUCACCGUCACGCACGGUGAAACUUUUCAGUCGAACGACAAUAUGAGUAUCGUUUACGGCGAAGAGCGGGAAUUAUUCCAGGACGAGAAUUACCCGAAUAUUGAUGACCACAUCACGCAUGAUUCUCAUCAUCAACACCACCAUUCACAAACCACCCAUGAUACCCAGCAACAAGAAUUGGAGCAUCCCCUUCAUGACCCUCACUCACAAGCCCAUGACGCUCACCACCCCCACGACUCCAACAGUCAUCAAGAACUCACCGAGCAACACCAUGGCUCACCCGGCGACACGGAUCGCUUCACAAACGCCAAUGAUGUCGUUGUGAGCGACCUAUCCAAUGACUUGGUGGAAGUUGCCCGUGCCACAUGCAACGCACAUGCAGCCGCCGCCGCCGCAGGGGCCGCAUUCGGCGCCGUUCAGACGGAUCCCCGACUCAACGACUACCUCGCCGCUUCGGCGCCGGAACCCGAGCAUCAACCGGCCUCGGUAUCAGCAGUAGACGUACCCGUUUCGAGCCCACUGGCCGUUCAAGCUUCCUUGCCUAUCCAGUUGACUCCACCACUGGAACAGCAGGAACAGCAGCAACAGCAGCAGCAGCAGCAGCAGCAGUCUCGUGUUGUACACCCUCUGCUACCUCCACAGCUAGUUGCCCAAAUAACGCAGCCUUUGUCACCAGCCGCGCCAUCGCCACCUUCACAUCCCCAACAGGAGCAGCAGUCGCCGAGCACGCCAGCACCAUCGGGGAGAAUCAAGCCUAUCCCCAAGCCGGUUCGUCAGGCGACCAAGAAUGCCGAAGGAAAGUUUGUCUGUAUGUGGCCUGGAUGCGCGGAGGACAUUAAGGAAUUCGGUCGCAAAUGCGAGUGGAAUAAACACAUGGACAAGCACGACCGUCCCUACAAGUGCGGCGCCGUAGGCUGCGAGAAGCUACCAGGCUUUACCUACUCGGGCGGCCUUCUGCGUCACGAACGUGAAGUUCACGGCAAGCAUGGCGGCCCCAAAAACCCCUUGCACUGUCCCCACGAAAGCUGCAAGCGCGCCACCGGCAAGGGAUUCUCCCGGCUCGAAAACCUAAACGAGCAUCUCCGGCGGGUACACACCCACAGCGCAGACGGUACUACAAACGGCGGGAUAGGGAUGAUCCUCCCAAACGGCGGCAGCAUCAAUGCCGUUGGCGGCGCCGAUGAGUCCGACGAAGCCACCAGUGACGACACGACCUUUGGAGGCCAACCACAACCACAACCACAACCACAACCACAACCACCCCAAUCCCAUUCCCAUUCCCAUCAGCUUCUACUAAAGCGCAAACGCCGUCAUCGCGAUUACGACGACAGCUUUGGCAUUGGCGUUGGCAGUGGCGGCGGUGAGACAUCCGAAUUACGAGAGGAAGUCAAGCGCCUCAGACAAGAGAACGAGGAGCUGAGAGAGCAAGUGCAGAAGAAUACCCAGCAGACGACGCUGUUGGUGCAGAAACUCCAGGCACUGACGGAGGCUAUGGCGCCGAGAGCGAACCAUAAUCAUCAUCAUCAUCAUAAUAAUCAUAAUAAUAACAUGACGACGCCCCCGCCGACGGCUCAGAUGGCGACGACGACGGCAACAACGGCGGCGGCGACGGCGGUGGCUUCGUCGUAUUAGGGGUAUUAGGAGUAUUAGGAGUAUUAGGAAGAAGAAGAAAAAGACGACGAGCAGCGCGCAUGUUUCGGGGGAGACGGCGAUGGCGACGGCGAGCUAAGUGAGGAAGCUAAGGGAGAUGAGCCUGUUGAUGGAGAUGGAGAUGCUAGAGAUAGAGGAGGAAAUGUCGCAUCAGCGUGAGUGAGUGAGCCAAUGUAGGUAGGUGUUGUUGCACCGCAGCCGCACGCACGCAGGCAGAGCGUGCAAUCUUCUUACCUCCUUCUUACCGCUUUCUUCCUUCCUUUUCUUCUGUUCUUCUGUUCUUCUGUUCUCUGUUUCCUUUUUGUUAUAUUUGCUUUCUACACCCACCACUCUUCAUACUGGCAAUUUUUCUUCUCUUCAUGCUUUCAGCAAUCUGUAUCUUUUUUUUUUUUUUUUUUCCUAUCUCUUCUUUUCCUUGCUACUUUUUGCAUUUUCCCAGGUGUUGUUGACGGGUUUGGCUAGCUGGCUGUGGCGGCAUUCAGUUCUUCUUCCAAUGACUCGCUUUAAAUUAGAGCAUCCCUCCCAUUUUUACAUUCCCACACACACAUACAAACACACACACACACACACACACACCGAUUGGGCUUCAGCAUUUCAUCAAUGUACAUCGUGGAAGAAAGCGCCUAGAUAAGUUUUUUUUUUGUUCUUUUACUGUUUACUCUGUUACACUGACACUGGAGGUUUGUUUGCCAUGUAUUUUUACCUACAAGCAUUGAUUGAUCCACAUUACGCAUGAUACCCAUACCCAUUCAAGGAGCCCUAGCUAGAGAGGGAGGGAGGGAGGUG